AUGGAAAAAUCCGUGGGAGGACGACUGAGAUAAAGAGCUGUGAAGCUGGGCUGCACAUCUGUAUAUAAGGCUGCCACACACUCCUCUGCUAUGUGUAGAUUCGCAGGCACAGAAAACAAACAUGAAGUACUUCAUUCUCCUUGCCCUGUUUGCUGCAGCAUAUGCUGCUCCCAUUGAGGAUGACAAGAUCAUUGGAGGCUAUGAGUGCGCAAAGAACUCUGUGCCCUACAUGGUUUCUCUGAACAUUGGCUAUCACUUCUGUGGAGGCUCCCUGAUCUCCAGCACCUGGGCCGUGUCUGCUGCUCACUGCUACCAGUCAAGCAUCCAGUUGCGCCUUGGUGAGCACAACAUUGCUGUCAAUGAGGGCACUGAGCAGUUCAUCAGCUCUUCCAGGGUCAUCCGUCACCAAAGCUACAACAGCUACACCCUGGAUAACGACAUCAUGCUGAUCAAGCUGAGCCAGCCCGCCACCCUGAACAGCUACGUCAAGACUGUGUCCCUGCCCUCUGGCUGUGCCGGUGCCGGCACCUCCUGUCUGAUCUCUGGAUGGGGCAACACCAGCACCAGUGGAAGCAACUACCCUGACCGUCUGAUGUGCCUGAAUGCCCCCAUCCUGAGUGACACAGACUGCAGGAACUCCUACCCUGGAGAGAUCACCAACAACAUGUUCUGUGCUGGAUUCCUUGAGGGAGGCAAGGACUCCUGCCAGGGUGACUCCGGUGGCCCCGUCGUGUGCAAUGGCCAGCUGCAGGGUAUUGUGUCCUGGGGUUACGGCUGUGCUCAGAGGAACAGGCCUGGAGUCUACACCAAGGUCUGCAACUACAACAGCUGGAUCAGCAACACCAUGGCUAACAACUAAAUGAAACUACAGUUUUCUAACUAAAGUUUCCUGUAUAAUUAACAAUGACAUCUGAUUCAAAUAAAUAAAUACUCAACAUCA